UUAAUUGCAAUUGCUGUGCCGUCUGCAGGGUUAUUUAGACUGUUUUUCUUAUGUAUAUUAUAGCCUGGGAUUUUCAUUGUACUGCUGUCUGUUAGGCAGUGACUGUUGAUUAGUACUAUGUCUGGGUCAAUGAUUCUGUAGGUGUUUGAGAGUGAAAUUCUUCGGUUGUUCCAUUGUUGUACGUUAUGUUGAAUUAUUUUUAAACUGUUCGGGGCCAUGCUGCUUGUUAUCCUUGUAGUGUGAGUUAACAAUUACUUGGAAUAUUUUCUUUGUCUUCUUGAUGUGUCUUUGGGUGGUGGUGUUUUUUCGGCUAUAAGCCCAGAUCUUAUUUUCCUAAACACAGCAUCGUCAACUAUGUUCCAGCAUGUUCUGUCUAUUGUAAUUCCAUUGGUUUCAAUUAUGUUCAGUAGCUCAGUGUCUUCUAUUGUAUGGUCUGUGUAUGUGUAUUUGAAUUUGUUUUCAUUCAGACUUGUGACCAGCACCCGAGAUGACAAAUGAUCAGGCCAACCUGCACUUACAGAGGUAUAUAUUUUUAGCUGUAUGUCUUUACUGUUUAUUUUUGCAUUACGACUUCUUUGGUGAAUAGUAGUUUCCUCUGAUUCUUGCUGAACUGUGACUUUGUCUUGCUCCUGCUUGGUAUUCUCAGUACCAUCAUUUCUUUUUUUUUUUCCUGAGUCUGCUUGUUUGUAUCAUCAUCAUUCAUAUUUUCCUCUUCUUGCGUCAUAAUCUUGAUGAGUUUCCUUGAGUCUGGUGCUUCUGGGAUUUUUAUAUUAGGGAGGUUAUUUGCAGUGAAGGUUGAAUUCAGUACUCUUUCAUAGCAUCCGGGUUCUGUUAGAUUCAUUAUAUGCGCAUGUAUCAUACAUGAAUAUAUCUUGAGAUGAAGAUCCAUGUUUAUGGUUGCAGGAGGAGAUGCAGUGAUGUUCCAAGUUGUUGUUUGUGUCUUGGAUGCCUUCGCAUAUGUAAUGUUUUUUUCUUUUUCUCUAAGUUGUUUUAUGAUCUCUUUCCUUUUGGGGCAUUUCAUGGACAUGGUUCUGUGAUCCCCCUCGCAGCUAAUACACUUUUUCAUUGAAAUUUUACAGUCCCGCCAAGUAUGUGUUGUUUCGGCGCAUUCUGAGCAAAUUUUAAAUUCUUUGUGCUUGGGGCAGGAAUUGGUGUUAUGAUCUUCCAUAGCAUAGCAUUUAAAGCAAGUUUGGAUUCUGUAAAAUUUCUCUUGUUGAAUUUGGUGCUUUGGAAUGUUCAUGUGGAAAAGUCUGAUGCCGUGAUCUCUUGCUUUUAUUGCUGUUGUGGCUUCUCCAAAUGUAAUUUUUAUUGUUUUGGAAUUUGGGAAUUUGAAUACGUUAUAUAUCAAAUUAAUCCAGGAAUUGUGCUGCUGAAGUUCUUGUGUGAUGUCCUCCUCUGUAUUUCUGAAGAUGUGUGGGUCCACAUUGAAGAUAAUUAUUGAUCUCUUUGCCUUUAGUGUGCGCCUUGCCACCUGCCGGCCUUUUAAAGGACGCAGGAGUGAGAGCGGGAGCGGUGCUGGGUGCCUAUUGGUUCUUUAUGGACCCGGUAGGCGGAGCUUGUGACUCGGCGACUUGGUGUAGGGCGGACCUUCUUCCUUCGGAGCUGGCUGCUGGUUGGCUGGCUGCGGCUGGGAGCUGGAGCUGGGAGAACCUUCUGCUACCAGGGCUUGAGGAAGUGUUCCCUGGUUAGUUAGUUAGUUAGGAUAGGAAAGUGGGAGGAAAUAUUAGAGUAAAUAGUAAAAGAGAAAGUGGGUGGGAAGAGAAGUGUGAAAGAAAGUAAGAGAUAAAAAGAGUGUGGGCUUGACCACACAGCUAUUUUUAAUAUACAUUGGAUGGUAGCCGCUUGUUUCUCUUGUUUGACUAAUAUUUUAUUUUUGUUUUUGUAUUUGUAUUUGGUACUGGUGACAUUUUACUAAUUUUAGUCUUUUCUUUCCCAGGUGAAAUGGUGAACAAACGAGCUGAAGGUAAGUGCUGCAGGAACAGGUGAGUACAGCAGGAACAGGUAGGUGCAACAGGAACAGAACAGGUAAGUGCAAUGUAAACAGGUAGUAAAUGUUUUUUUUUUUUUUUUUUUGACAGAACCACAGCUAUCCUAUGUAAAAAAUGAAAAAUAAAAGAUGUCCGUAGACAAAAACCCAACUAAAAAGGCCCCUAACAGCUCGACUGUCAAAAAAGGUAAGAGUUUUACUAUGGUAUCUCAUUUUUUCUUGUAUUCCUCUUGCUUUCUUCUUCUAAUUGCUUUUGAUGAUAAUAUUCUCUUCUCUUCUUUCUCUUCUUCUUUUUCUUCUUUCUUCUUUUCUUGUUUCUUGCUUUCUUCUUUCUUCAUCUUAUUUCUUCGUUUCUUCAUUUGCUUUAGCACUGUUGUUGUUUAUAUGCAGGUGGUAGUUUUUUUUUUUUUUUUCAGGCAGAGACACAACUACCCUAACAAUAAGACUGUCCUCAGACAAUACCACGGCUAAGAAGGUCCCUAGCGACAAGACUGCCUUUUUUUUUUUUUUUUUUUUUUUUUUUUAGGUUAUAGUAUUCUAAUCACUACUUCUUUUACAGGUUAAUACACAACAAAGAGUCCCCUUCGCCCAGCACCACCGGUGAGUACUAUCCCAGGCAAGUUAUUUACAUAUUUACAGUAAUGUUGUGUUGUGUUGUUAUAUGUUAUGUUGUGAUGUGUUGUUUAUUUGUUAAACUUCACGUCAUGGCACGGGUCAGCGCUGCCGUGGCUCCCUGUCGCACCGCUGGGUGGAGUCACGUGCGGACUCCACCCACUCUACCCCUCGCCGGCACCAACUGGGUGCCGAUGACUCAGGGCGAGGUGCAACUCCCUCUCCACACCCGCUGCUGGGCUAGCGAGGCCUUACCAGUGGCAAACCCCUCGACGGCGAGCUCUUGGUAGGGAAGCAGCUCGACCCUACAGCUCACCGCCGACUCAGGGCGCGGAGUGCGGGGAGAGAGGAGCCCAGCUGCCCGGCCCGUGUGAACUUCAUCAUGUGUUUGGAUCUGCUCUGAGUUGUUAUUAUCUGCGUGAUGUCAUCCGCGUACAUGAUGUUGGUGGUGCCUGGGCCUGCUUCUGGUCUCUGUGUGUCAGCCUGUUGGGCAUGUGCAAUGCAGCAUCUCUUGGAGAGAACUGCUACCCCAUGCUUCGCUGAUGCCAGUAGCUUGUCAAGAACUAUCACCUCAUUUUUAGACCAGAUUUCAAAGAUGGAGAAAUUAAUACUUGUGAGGGCAAGCCCCAUCUCUGCCCCUGAGUGGGAUCUCCUAAUCCACCUCAUCAGGGAUGAAAAACCCUUCUGGACUGAAGGACUAAGGGGAACACAGUUCUGCAAAAGAGGGAGGCCUGGGCCAAGGGGUAACCAUGAGCAAGCUCUCCAGACAAAGAAGCAGAAAAGAACUGGUGGUGGGGUCCCUCCACCUGCUGUCUCCUUGGCACAGACAUUGAUGACGUACGGAGUCCGUAUGAUUUAGAUGUCAUGCCAGCUAGUGGCUUCGACAUUCUCUCCACAUCGACAUCCUCACAGUCGGUGUGGCUUCACUUUCCCCAACAUCGCCCAAAUAGAUAUCAAAGCAGAAAGAGAUACGUUCUGUAACAGACAAAAGAAAAAAAAAAAGAAAUGGUGAGAACAAUGGAAAAGUUUUUUUUCUCCCCCCCUCUUCUUAUUCAUUGGCAAAGAAUGUUAAUGUAAUUAACAAUGGUGGAGGUGCAUGAUGACAUGCAAGACAACGGUGUACUUAUCCGUGGUCCUCAAGAUGAAAUGCUUGUUCCAUUCUUGGAGAUAAGUCUUUGAUGUCCAGCUGGGUUGAGAGGUGAUGGCGAAGUGACGCUUAUCCAUCAGCAAUUAGCCCAUAUUGACCCCUUUCCCCCACCCCACCCCUUUCCCCAUCUACCUUAUUACCGUUUUACAGAUGUUAUAACAUCUCGUUCAGCUGCCUGCCGGACAAAACGUAGGCAUACAAUGUGGCAUUUUAUGAAAUAUUACGUAAGCCAUACAAGUAAUUUUUUUUUGUCAUUAUAUAGAAGUUGAUGCUUUUUGAAGGUGGUGUGAAUAAUGAACAUUGUACGUUUUAAUGCAUGCCAAUUCAGUAGAAGGCAAAAGAACAUGCAAUAAAUGCCACACAUGAGGGAGUUCAACCCCUGAAGCCGAUAAUUUAAUGUGGUAAUUUUCAUAUGUGGACAAGUUUGCAUAAAAUUAUGUAAGACAGUGGAAUUGUAUUUGGGAUGUAAGUUAUAGUUAUCGUAAUAGUCUAUGGUCUGACUUUGAAAAUUAAGAUAAACAGUAAUCCAAUGACCCACUCAAUGUAUUUAGGAUGAAAAUGCAUGGCUUUGCCUGUUUUCUGGCAAGAUUUAUCAGCUCUGUCACACGGCAUUGGUCAUGACAGCCUAAAAAAAUAAACUCAAUCGCCCAAGGUGCCUGCUAGACUGGCUUGUAUUUCACAUGCAUUCAUGAUGGCUUAUGCAUGGACAAUGCAGCGAAUGUGAUGAUAAUGAUAAAUUUCUAUGAUGCCAGUAGUGUCGGUAAAAAACUUGAUGAUGCAGUUGUGAUUACGUCCCUUAGCAAAAGACAGAUUAGUUCUUAGGUUCCCUGAUUUAUCCAGAGGGAUGGCAUUGUGCACAUUCUCUUUUACAGAGUUAAAGAAACAUACUGUCCGACCUUUAUUAAAAGCAUUAAAUGUUAGGGAAUUAUGCGUGAACAAUCCUAGUUACUCAAGAGUCGUGUAAAAUAAUUUUGAUGCAUGAUGCAGGAAAGAGCUAUGAAUGUUAUAAAUAGUCGCCCCAUUCACGGUGAUAUGUACAUGUGACAGAUCAGUGUGAUGAAAAUAUAAACCAUUCUUAUCAAUUACGCCUUGUAAGCUGUCCAUAUCAACUAUUGCCAUAGUCAAAUUUUGAGGUAUGAUUUGCGUGAAAGGUAAUUUGGCAAUCAAAGACAUUUGAUUGGCGCCUAACACAUACGUCUUAUUGAGUGUCCUAUUAAAAGUGUAUUACAUUGGAUUUAGAGUCAAGGAUUUAUUUAACGAUUCUAAGGUGGGCAGAUGCAGCGUCAUGUGGUCAACCCAUAACUUAGCUAUCUCAAGCUUAAAUUCGAAACUGCUGGCGUCCUGGUGUGAAUUAAGAAUCCAUGUUUUGUUAACUAAUUCUAAUCGAAUUCUCACAUUGACAGAUUCAAGUAGGUAAGUGUCCAGACUUGAUAUAUCCAAAAACAAAGGCGCAGUCAUCGAAAGGCUGUGCAUUUUACAAUCUUUUAUCAUUUGCU